AUGGCCACACCAAGUCUUCUUUGGCCGCCUCGCUCACCUAGCCACGCGUCGCCGGAGGUCGCCGCUGCUUGCCCUGCUCGCGCGUCCCGCUGCUCGCUGCUGCAUCCGUCUCGACCCACUGUGCCCGCCUCCGCCUGCACGCGGCCACCGCUCCCCGCUGCCCCCUGCUGCUACCGCCCGCUCGCCUGGCCGGCUCCUCCCGCGCGCCGUCACCUCGCCCCCUGCUCGCCACCAGUCGCCGCGCCCAGUGCCCGCGCCUCGUGCGCGUGUGCUCCAUUCGCCACCCCUUCUGCUGCUGCUCUCCUGCAUGUCACCGCGACCGUCCAACCCCGCGUCGCGUUCCCUUGCCCGCGCCCCUCACAGUCCUUCGCUCACCGUGCUCGCGGCCGCGGUCGCCGCGGCGGGCCAUGCCCCUGCGCCAUCCGCCGUGCCCGGCCCCUGCUACCCUCGCCGCGCACGCGCGCCUGCCUGCGCCGUGGCGUCGACCCGGCCGGCCGCUAG